AGUUGUUAGCAAAGGACAAGAAACUAUGCCAUCGCCCGUAGUAGAGCUUCCGUAAUGGACAGUGAUUUUUUGAAACAAGAAACAAACGAAACAGAUGGUGCUGUCUCACAAUACAAACAUUUUUGAGUUCUUGAAUUCUUGACCUAAUCAGUCACUUAUUCAUUCUCUUUUCUUUAUCAGUACAUUUACAUUUAUACAUCCCCAUCUCGCAUCUUCAACCUCUCUUUCUUUUUAUCAAUAGAUUGGCACCGUUUUUAGAGACAAGACAGAGUAUAAGUAUAGUGGCUGACUGGCUGAUGACUAAGACCAACCAUCACUAUACUUUUCACUAUUUAAUUUGCAAGGUAUAGGGGUUUAGAGAAAGAAAGAGGAAAAAAAAAAAGAAAAAAGAAAAAAGAAAAACGGAAAAGAAAAUGGAGCAGACAGUGGCUUACAAGGAGUACUUAGCCGGUUUACUUGCCGGAGUUGCCACAGUUAUUACCGGUCACCCCUUUGACACAGUCAAGGUGAAGCUGCAAAAACACAAUACAGAAGCUCAUGGAAUUAAGUAUCGAAAUAGUCUGCAUUGUACUGCUAGGAUUCUACAGACUGAAGGAGUUAAAGGACUUUAUAGGGGGGCAACAUCAUCAUUUGUUGGGAUGGCUUUCGAGAGCUCACUUCUUUUCGGUGUUUAUUCUCAAAGAAAGCAGUCCUUGCAGGGAGGACUGCAUAGUGAUGUGCCCAUUCCCCAAGUUAUAAUUCCCUCGGCAGCUUAUGGUGGAGCAAUUAUCAGUUUUGUAUUAUGUCCAUCUGAGCUAAUAAAGUGUAGGAUGCAAGUUCAAGGCACUGAUAUUUUGGUUCCAAAGUUCAGUAGAUACAGUGGCCCUCUUGAUUGUGCUCAUCAAACAGUGAAACAUGAUGGGGUUUCAGGCAUCUUUCGAGGAGGUCUUGCGACAUUGUUAAGAGAAUCUUUUGGAAAUGCAGUCUUCUUUAGUGUCUAUGAGUAUGUCCGUUAUUACAUGCAUUUACAAUUGAAGGACUCUUCAUCUAACCACAGCCACUUGAUUGACAUGGGAAUUGGAAUUAUGAGUGGUGGCCUUGGUGGUGUAGCUUUUUGGUCUGCUGUUUUGCCAUUGGAUGUGGCAAAAACUGUUAUCCAGACUGCUCCAGAUAAAAGCUUCACCAGAAAUCCAUUUCGAGUACUGAACUCCAUUUACAGGAGGGCUGGACUUAGAGGAUGCUAUGCAGGUUUGGGUCCAACAAUAGUGAGAGCAUUUCCUGCUAAUGCAGCUGCAAUUGUCACCUGGGAGCUUGCCAUGAAAGUGUUGGGGAUCAGGCAUGAUUAAGUAUGUUUUUAGUUACCUAAGUCAUAAUAUUUAGUACCGUUAUUAGCUUUGCUGGUUAGCAAACUUUUAUUUUGAUCGACAAAGCGGACUACAGACUGGGGUGUAACUGAUAUAAAAUUGAAACUUCACUUAUUAUAUCUUGAAUUAGAGUGCUCUGACAUAUUGGUUUGGCAGAGCAUCUCAUAUUACCCCAAAUUUUAGUGAAGGAGGUUUGCAAACUAGAGUGUAGUCUGGUUUAAGAUGUUGAUUCCUGCUAAAGUACAUUAACCUAGGUUGUGGGAAGGAUUUACACUAAAUUCAAAUUGUAACAACAAGCACUUUUUUUGUUAUCAUUAUUGAUUUUCAACAAGUUUGUAUCA